CCCAGACAGCAAUGAGCAUGCGUGUGUUUCUUUGAGAGCACUGCGUGGACGUUCAGAGAGCUCUGCGUGUUUUUUUUUUUUUUUUACUGCGUUGAAACAUCACGUCCUUCCGAGCCUGUUGUGUGUGCGUGCGUGCAUGUUGUCGUGCGUGUGAGUGUUUGUUUGCAGCCCUCACCCAGCAGCUUGGGAGCGUUCAACUGACGGCUUCCUCCUCCUGCAUCCAUCCUUCCGAAGCAAACAAGAGCCCAAAGUGUCACUACACGUCACAGUGAAAUCCUGGGGCUCCGACCAUCCCAUUCAGGACGGUGUUGGCGGCUCUCGUGGCUCGAGAGUGACAGCAGUUUGACGGGCGGCGGCGUCAGCCCCAUGACUCUUUGAAGGGACACGGCCCCACCGUGGCCCAUGCGCUGUAUCCGUUUCCCUCCCCAUCCUCCUCAUCCCUCAAGCUGACGCAAAACCCCAGACACCUCCCUCCCCUCCCCCACCCGCACCCCCACUCCCACCCCGUCCCCAGCGACUCGCCCCCGCCGCCGGCCAUGGCGUCUGGCACCGAGACGGUGCACUACAUCCACCUGCACAACUCCAGCCAGUCGGUGCUGGAGGCCCUGCGCACGCAACGGCGCGAGGGCCUCUUCUGCGAUGUGACUGUGCGCAUCCAUGACGCCUCGCUGCGUGCGCAUGCCUGCGUGCUGGCAGCGGGCAGCCCCUUCUUCCAGGACAAGCUGCUGCUAGGCCACUCGGAAAUCUCCGUGCCGCCGCUAGUGCCGGCCGAAACAGUGAAGCAGCUGGUCGACUUCAUGUACAGCGGCUCACUGGUCGUGCUGCAGUCACAGGCGCUCUGUAUCCUCACCGCCGCCAGCAUCCUGCAGAUCAAGACCGUCAUCGAUGAGUGCACUCAGAUCAUCUCUCAGAGGAAGGCGGCGGCGGGGGCGGCCAGUGCAGCUGCCGCAGCGGCGGCGGCGGCAGCAGCGGCAGCAGCUGCAGCCACAGGAGGGGGGAUGCUCGGAGGAGUUCUCCCCAAACAAGAGGAGCGUGGCGGGGGUAAAGGGAGGGAAAGCAGUGGCAGCUGUUCCGGUGGGGGCAGCCUGAGUGGGGGCUACCCAAACUUUCCUAACUUUAUGGUGGAUUGCGCGGCGGGCUUGGGUGGCAACAUCAGCGUGAGCGAGAGCGGGCCCGGCCCAAUGGAGCAAGCCAACAGCGUGAGUCUGAUGGCGCUGGGGGACAUCGGGCCCGGGUCCAUGUGCGAUGGUGACGGGCUGGGACCCGGAGCAGCGUCCAUACUUAUGAAGCAGAGCCCCAGCUGCACUCAGGACGUCCGCUACAAGCUCCGAGACUUGUUGGCGCAGACGGCCAAUGGCGCCGCCAGCACAGGAAGCAUCUCUGCGAGCUGCAGCUCCGGUGUGGGCAGCGUGGACAGCAUCGGCAGGGACAGUCUCCGCGGCAACGGCACAGACCUCUCCGAUGACCUGGUGGGAAUGGAGCGCUUCAGCGAGGAGGAGGAGUUGGACGGGAGAGAACGGGGGAGAGACGCUGACCGAGACAGGGGGGCGAGCCACAGCCGCAAACAGAGGCAGCCGCUCAGACUCCAGGUGCUGGGAGGAGGCGAAGGCGUGGUGGUGAAAGAUGAAGGCGGUCAGGAUGCAGACGGGACAGCUUUCGCCUUGGAGGACGAGAGACGGGAUGGACAGCAGGAAGGCCACCAGGGACACAUGGCGGGAUUUGGACAGGACUUCUAUGACGAGCAGGGAGUGUUCACCGAGAGUUUCUGGACGCAGAGCGAACCUCCUCAGGCCAUGGCGUUUAAUCCCAGAGGACGGGUCAACAAACCUCUGACUCCGCCCCCAACCUCGCAGUCCAUCAACAACCAGCUUCUUUUCCAGUACCCAGUGAGCCAGUCGCAGCCGGCACCGUUCUACGUGGGCGGUCCAAUGGGCGGGAUGGACACCAUGGCGGGGACGGAAAACAGCCAACAGGCUCCGCCCCCGACUUCCAUGACCCCGGUGCCACCCCCCACCAACACCGCCACCUCCGCCAUCACUUCAGGACCCUCCCCAUCCUCCCAAGGAUCCGAGACCUCGUUUGACUGCACGCACUGUGGCAAAUCGUUACGUUCCAGGAAGAACUACAGCAAGCACAUGUUCAUCCACUCCGGUCAGAAACCUCACCAGUGCUCCAUCUGCUGGCGCUCCUUCUCGCUGCGUGACUACCUCCUUAAACACAUGGUGGUGCACACAGGCGUGCGGGCCUUCCAGUGCUCCAUGUGCGGCAAGCGCUUCACCCAGAAGAGCUCGCUCAACGUGCACAUGCGCACGCACCGAGCCGAGCGCACCUUCCAGUGCAACGUGUGCCACCGGGCCUUCACCCACCGCACCUUGCUGGAGCGCCACGCCCUGCAGCAUGCCCCCCAACCCCAGGGGGGACGCGGCGCCGGCAUGACCUCGCCCGCUAAGCACAGUCCCCCCAUGGGGGGGCCCUCAGGUAUGGCCGGGGCGGGCGGCAUAGUGGGCGGCAUGGCCAACAUGCCGGGCCACGGUGCCUCCUCCUCUUAGAGUCGACGGGGACACGGGGGGGGUUGGAAGGUAGUCGGUCUGUUCUUUGAGCCGGCCGCCAUUGGUCCUAACAGCCUCACUGGUCUGGCCGAGCUUGUAGAACUUUCAAACGGGUCUCCCGCACAUGGUCUUUGGAACCCGCACAACUUUACAGAACCGUAUUUCCUCCCAGAACCUCAGUGUUCUGGCGCCGUCACUCUACUGAGCCCCUCGGGGGGGGGGGGGGGCCGACACACUCAGUAUUAAGCUAAACUUGAAAUUUUGCCAAGGAGUGUCCGUGCGGGAGCGCCGCUUGAAAGGAGGUCCGAGCGGGUCUACGUGGCGUCACUUAGGACCUUUUGUAGUGCUGUGUCUCAACUGGUGCACUUGCGUAAGUACACUUCAUCUACCGUCGGUAGCCAAUACGGUCAUAGCACAAUGGAGACGUGGGAUGGGGGUGGAGUUGGUCCAUUGAAAAGUAGAGAAGAAGAAGUAAAUAUUAUAAAUAUUGAGAUGGGACAGCACCGCACUGUAGUGGUGCACUCAGGAACUAAGUACACGGUUCACGCAGUAUACUUAAGUGUACCGACGGAAGUAUUCCAUUUGAGACACAGCAUAUGUGUGUUAAGGGGCUGGGGGGAGGGGGCGGUGUUGGGUGGGUGGCACGGGAUUGGUGUUUGCAGUUCAGGAAGCUAGCGAGGAGAUUAUUGGUUCCAAUUGAAGAGCGCUUUCAUUCACAGUCAAUUCAUUUGCUGGGUUGCAGGUGAUGUCACGACAGGAGUAUUCUUAGCGAGGCGUCAAGUGAAGUCGGAGCGCCGUUUUCACAUUUUGGGGGAAAGAAAGUUAAUCAUUAAAAAAAAUCAAAAAUGCGGAAAACCUGCCUCUCUCGUCGCGUCGAGCCGAGUCUGAACACCCUCAAAUUUGACGAUAACAAGCAAAAUGUAUACUAAAACCAAAGUUUAAAAUAUCGUAGGAACUGGAAUGCAACGCACCAACUAUACGAGUGCCCAAUUAUUUGAUAAUACACGGCCGAUAUUACAAAGCUUACUCUGCACCCGCUAUGGGCUAGCCUAACCGUGAUGCCAAUUAAUAACAUUUCACCCACUAGACUACACACAUCCUCAGCUGUUUAACCCUUAGAUGCAUGAGUGACUGGACCCUACACUCUUCCAUAUUAGAAUCAAUGUGUUUUUAAGCCAUUUUUGCCAUUUUGGUUAGGAAUAAUGCUAUAGCAUACUUGCCUAUGCCAAUGCUAUAGUAUAGUAUUCCAGAUUGACAGUAUCUCAGACAGGUGUAAUACCUAUACUGCAUAUUAUUCAUUCAUUUUCUACCGCUUUCCUCGCGGGGGUGCUGGAGCCUAUCCCAGCUGUCUUCGGGCGUGAGGCGGGGUCACCAGCCAAUCACAGGGCACAUAUAGACAAACAACCAUUCACACUCACAUUCAUACCUAUGGACAAUUUGGAGUUAACCUAGCUGUUUUUGGAAUGUGGGAGGAAACCGGAGUACCCGGAGAAAACUCCACACAGAGAUGGCCGAGGGUGGAAUUGAACCUGGGUCUCCUAGCUGUGAGGUCUGCGCGCUAACCACUAGACUACCGUGCCGACCUACUGCAUAUUAUAUUUUACAUGGAAGGUUGGGGUAGUAACACAAAAACUAAAAUUUCUUCAAAUGUAUAAAAGGUAAGUUAAAAAAAACAUGUUUUUUGAGGAAUACCUGGAAUAUGAAAUGAUAACAAUUUUUAAUUACGAAGAUAUUUCAAGAAAACAACCUGACCGGGGUCAUUUUUGACCCACUUAUGGAAGGUUGGGAUAGUAACACAAAAACAAAAAUUUCUUCAAAUGUAUAAUAAGUAAGUUAAAAAAAAAACAUGUUUUUUGAGGAAUACCUGGAAUAUGAAAUGAUAACAAUUUUUAAUUACGAAGAUAUUUCAAGAAAACAACCUGACCGGGUCAUUUUUGACCCACUUAUGCAUCUAAGGGUUAAAAAAAACAAUAGUUCUAGAAAUAAACCAGUGUUCUGGCAGAGCGACACAAUCUAGUAGCAAAAAUGGACCUCCUGUGUCAACUGCUAGCUACUGGAAAGUUACUGACAGGGUCGACUUUGCAUUUUGUACAACGAUUAUAUAUUAUUAAUGUCCAUACGCUACACCCCCAUGGGGUAACAGCACGGCAAAACGAGGGACACACACACAAGAAUGUAUUCAUGGUGUUGAAGAACGCAGAUCGACUUAUUAAAAGCGUUAUUUUCAUCUGCGAAUCUCACCACAAUGCCUUGUUUUCAGCAAUUUUCACGUCUUUAUGCAACACACCAUGCACAUUCACACCAUUGGGAAAAUAUUGUUUCCACGGCAUGCGCCGCACUUCGCAUUAAUCUGCUCGAUAUCGUAGAAAGAUACCGAGUUCCUACACGGCCACAUUCAAUGUGUGCCCUUCAAGUGCCAUACCGGAAGUUACACGUACGGACGGCCUCUAGGUCGAUCAGAUGGUUUUCAAUCCAGCAAGUCAUUCCCUUUUGAGGGCCAGACGUGAGUUGACUGUGAAGAAGGACAAAGAGGGUCUUUACUGUGUGAAACCAGACAGGAAGUGGUCCCUUGGCGAGGGAGGAGGCGGCGGCGGCACAUCGGCGGCGUGAAAUAAAAAUUCAGCUUCAUACAUCAGACAUGUUGGUUUCUAAAAGCGCCCCCCCCCCCCCCCCCCUCUCUCUCUCUCUCUCCCAAGCGGGCCGCGAACAAAUACCUCGAAACAGGACGGACUCCAAAUACGAAAUGUUUGGGAAACAUUUCAAGCUUAUUUUACACACACGCACACACCUAUGAUUACCUCGGUGGUCCAAAGACAGGCUUUUUUGUGUCAUAUUUGAAGCUCCAACAGUUAUAAAAAAAAAAUAAUAAUAAUAACAAAACGAAAGCUAUGACAGAUCAGUUUACGUUUGAAAAGUUUCAUACUCAAGUUAAAAAAAGAAACGGAAUACUGUACAUGGCAGUAGCGCUCACUUUGUUCUUUGUUGCUCUGUGAUGCAGAACUUUAAAAGAAAAAAAAAACGCUUUUAACGUGAAAGAGCCAUUGAGAGGAAGUAAACGGUGGAAGACAAAUCAGUGAUUUUUUUUUUUAAUGAUUUUUUUUUUUUUAGGGCUCAUUAUAUUUUGAAUUCUAAAACCUCACAGCACUAAAAAAAAAAAAUGUUUUUGAACUGAAUUAUGAAAAUGUACAAUCACCCCUAAGAGUUUUGACCAAGUCAAAAUGGUGAUAAUAUUGAAUUAUCACAUUAAUAUUUAUUGCAAUUUGAUCUCUAUGCACAGUUCAGUUUGCACAUCCCCUUUUCUUAGAACUAGACGUAAACCCCCCCACCCCUCCACCUUUGAAGUAUUUGGCUUCUUUUUAGGUUUUAGGUUUUUGGUUUUUUUUUUUUUUUUUUUUGCCCUUGGCGCACCUCCAAGGUGGCCUUCCUUGUUGGAUGGAGGAUUGCAGUCAUGUGAAGAAUCACUUUAAGAAGAUUUAUUUUCCUAUUCUCCAAAAACAAAGAAAGCUCUCAUAGUGACUUCACUAUAAAGAUUUGACAUCAAAUGUCCCCUUUUUUUUUUUUGAAAAUGUGGCAAAGUGCUUUUUGAUUUUGAAAGUUGACGGACGAGGAGUGCACACUUCCUUGUCACUGAUAAGCUAAAUGUCAACUUUGAACGCCAAACCUCUGGUGCUCAUUUUGUUGUUGUUGUUGUUAUUAUUAUUGUUGUUGUGUGUUGUAAUAAUUGUUGUUUUUGUGUUUUCUGUUCUACUUCUGGACAUAUUUACCUCAUUUGCCAACACACAGCGCUCUGCUCUGCUCUGCUCGGCCACUCCACGGUGUUGCUAUCAUUUCUUCUCAGCAGCAAAGUGCUUGUGGUGCAUUCAAGGACCCAUGUACAGUACUGUAACAUGUCAGCGCUUUGUGACGUACUGUGUGAUGCCUUUUUAUGUUCCUCCUCUUCUUCUUCUUCUUCUUCUGGGAUGUUUUCUACGGGAAAUCUUCUCUCCCACAAUGCGUCACAACAAGUUUUAUAAACCAUUCUACUUGUCAUCCUUUAAAAAAAAAAAAAAAAAGUUAACAAAAAAGAAAAAACAAACAAACAAAGCUCAUCUUUUAUGUACGACAAAGGCUCCAAGGCAUGAUUUUAACUUUUUUUCCGAGGACGUAGAUGUUGUAGUUGAUGAAAUUAAUUGAAUUUAAAAAGAAAAAAAAAGUGAUUUCAAAGAUUUCCUUCUCUUAUUAAACAUCUUCUAUGACUGAA